AUGUCAAGCAGACCUCGCGACUUGGACGAGGCGGUCACUAUGGCAAGACACAUGAAAGAAGAUUGGGCUAGGACUCAGAAAGACCAUCAGAAGAAGACUACCCAACACACACAGGGUGGACGUAUGCCAGUCAAGCACCACCACUUUGUAGGCAGGGCUAGGCCUUAUGAGAGGCGUGAUGAUCGAACAUUCAGGCGGAGCAGGCCAAACCGCAGUGACGUCAUACAGGGGGCAGUGACUACUCUGACUCUACCGAAGUGCCCUACUUGUUCACGUGUGCACCCCAGAAAGCCAUGUUGUCGGAUAACCGGGGCGUGUUUACACUAUGGAGGGAUGAGGCACUUCAUCAAAGAUUGCCCCAUCAUGGCCGGAAAAGAGUCGAAGAAGCAGGAGGCCAGAUCUUCUAAUGCACAAAGGACAAUCAGACGUGUCUAUGCAACUACCGUGGAGGAGCUGCAGGCCCACGACCUUAUUGAAGGUACUUUGCUUGUUGGUUCUCAUAUUGCUAGAGUGUUGUUUGAUGCAGGGGCGACUCAUUCGUUUAUAUCUAGUCGAUUUGCCUCUUCACUAGAAGUGUCGGCUAGGAUGAUGCCGUAUGUUUUGAAAGUGGCCAGUCCUAUGCAUGCCCAAGAGUCGUGUACUGAGUAUCAACCUGAUGUAGAUGUGGAGAUACAUCAACACCACUUAUCGGCACAGUUGGUAAUCAUUAGUCUGACUGGGUUUGAUGAUAUUUUGGGCAUGGAUUAUAUGCGUAUUAUGCCAACAUAG